CGAUUUUCCCUCCCUUCCUCCCCCCUCCACCCCUUCCUUUCCCUCGUUUUCUCCCCCUCUGCCGCCAAAAAUCCUCAGAUCCAAACCCUAAGCGCCCCGCCCCGCGCCCGGCCCGAUCCAUCCGUCGCGCCGCGCCGCGGAUCACCAUGGCGGCCGCCGCCGGCGGGACCAGCAGCGAGGGCGCGGCGCGCGUGCUGCUGCAGCGUUACCAGCCGUUCGGGUCGCCGCCUGGCGACUACCACCAUUUCGGCCCGGCCGACGGCGGCGGCAGCGCCGAGAUGACGGAGGCCGUCGUCCUCAGGACGCCAUUAAAGCGGAAACACAACAGAGAAGACAAUGAGGUAACUGAAUCAAAUGAUUGGAUGAUGAGCCCUGGAUAUGCUAACGCAACAAACAGUCCAAUUCCUACACCACCUUCGGGAAAAGGUUCUAAAAUGUCCGCCAAGCCUAAAGCUGCAAAAGGCCAGAAAUCUUGUCCUCAGACCCCUUUGUUUUCCGGUUCUCCGGGCAAUCCAGCUACUCCUGUUGGUGGCUGCCGCUAUGAUAGCUCCCUAGGGUUAUUGACAAAAAAGUUCCUGAACUUGCUAAAGGGUGCACCUGGUGGCAUGGUUGAUUUGAAUAAUGCUGCAGAAACGCUAGAGGUACAAAAAAGACGUAUAUAUGACAUUACUAAUGUCCUUGAAGGGAUAGGGCUGAUAGAAAAGAAGCUUAAGAACAACAUUCGUUGGAAAGGAAUCGAUGACUCUCGACCAGGUGAAGUUAGCGAUGAUAUGUCCAUUUUACAGGGAGAUAUUGAAGCCCUCACACUGCAAGAACAUAGCUUAGACGGACAAAUAAGUGAAAUGCGAGACAAGUUAAGAGAGCUCACUGAAGAUGAAAAUAACCAAAAAUGGCUGUAUGUCACAGAAGAUGAUAUCAAGUCUUUGCCAUGCUUUCAGAAUCAGACACUAAUCGCAAUAAAAGCACCUCAUGGUACAACGCUUGAAGUCCCAGAUCCUGAUGAGGUGAAUGAUUAUCCUCAAAGGAGAUAUAGGAUUGUUCUAAGAAGCACUAUGGGUCCGAUAGAUGUGUACCUAGUUAGUCAAUUUGAGGAGAUGAGUGGCAUGGAGACUCCUCCAAGGUCUGCACAAACAAUAAGCAUGGAUUAUCUAGAGAAUCCUAGGACACCACUCGCUACAGGAUCUAACAAAGAUGUGGAGAUGGAGAAUGUUCAACAAGGGCUGAUAAUGCCCCCUGACGCUCCUACUACACAGGAUAUUGGAGGGAUGAUGAAGAUUGUCCCUUCUGAACUUGAUACUGAUGCGGAUUACUGGCUCUUAUCAGACACAGGGGUUAGCAUUACUGACAUGUGGAAGACAGCACCAGAUGUGGAGUGGGAAGGAAUCGACAUCAACGCGGAGGAUUUCUUGGAAGUUGGCACACCUCGGCAGCAAGAUCAGCCGCCCUCUGAAAUGGUGGAUCAUCCCUCGUGCAUUAGCUGAAGAAGACCUGAAGCAUGGUGGCAAGUACCAUUCACAUACGUGGGAAUUCUUCGUUUCUUGCUGCGGGUUAUCAAUGGCCGAUCAAUUCAGAACAGAGACCCGAGAGCAAAGGUUCCAGGGGGGUUGCUGUGAUGUACAUACAGAUGGCAACCUAGUGCCAUGUCAGUAGCUCUCUGGGUCAAGCUUCUAUGCCAAUAGCCAACGACCUGAUCAUUUCCAGAUCUACUGACAACCUGGUAAUUUUCAGGUUUGUAGCUUAUGUGCUGCAUGUUGUAGCUCACAACAUUAGGACUGUAGUAGAAACAUGUACAGAGCAGCAAGCUCCGGGACUUCAUUAUUUCAAGUAGCACUGAAAACAUAGACUAGAAGCUCAUGCACUUGUAACACAAACCGUCAGCAUUCGAUGACAUCUGCCUAUCGUGUUUGCCUAGUGUCAAAUUGAAAUGCAGAGAUGUUUUUUUCCCAAA